CCGGGCAUUGAUAUCCUUCCAUCCCCACCGGAAAAUCGAAUCAAACCACCUCCGCCUCCGCCUCCACGCACGCACCCACGCACGCUCGCCGCCACUGCAAGUUUGCAACCCCCUCGAUCUCUCCCAGCAUCCCGAGCCUGCCCCAACCAAUGGCGUCCACCAACGGCUACGGCAACGUUACCGGCGGCGGCCUCCCGACGCACACCGCCACCUCCAAGCCGCCCGUCGACGACCCGCGCCACCAGAAGCAGCGCCUGCGGCGCCGCCGCGGCUGCCUCUGCUGCGCGUGCCUGGCCGUCACCCUCGUCCUCGUCGCCGUCGUCCUCCUGAUCCUCUUCCUCACCGUGCUCCGCGUCCGGGACCCGACCACGCGGCUCGUCUCCACGCGCCUCAUCGGCGUGGCCCCGCGCCUCACCUUCCCGGCGCUCAACAUCCAGCUCAACGUCACCCUCCUCCUCACGGUGUCCGUGCACAACCCCAACCCGGCCUCCUUCUCCUUCCCGUCGGGCGGCCACACGGACCUCACCUACCGCGGCGCCCACGUCGGCGACGCCGAGAUCGACCCCGGCCGCGUCCCCAGCAAGGGGGACGCGGACGUGAAGCUUGCGCUGACGCUGCAGGCGGACCGGUUCGCCGGGGACCUGGCGCAGCUGGUCACGGACGUGGAGACCGGGUCGCUGCCGCUGGAGGCCAGCACCAGGAUCCCCGGGCGGGUGGCGGUGUUCGGCGUGUUCAAGCGCCACGCCGUCGCCUACUCCGACUGCAGCUUCGUAUUCGGCGUCGCGGAGCUGGGCGUCCGCAGCCAGGAGUGCCGCGACCACACCAAGCUCUGAUCCUACCGACCUUCCUUCGUUCCUUCGUCCGUCCGUUCGACGAUAGCUGUCCGUCUCCGCCGCGCGCGUCGCCGGAGAUGGAAGCGAGGAGGACACCUUUUCCUGCCGAGUUCGAUUGAUACGCACGGCACGUGUGGGUGGGGCCGGCGACGUCGUUGUCAUCACGGAGAGAAGAGAAAAGAGUGAGGUGUUUCUGGAAUUUUCGUCGACGCUUCAUCAUCAGUAUAGUAUAGUUAGUCUCGGACUUGGUAGAAUUAUGAAUUUGUCAUUUUAGUUGUUUCCAUUGCUGGGUUUGGUCUUACGAUUUUGAUGGAAUAUCUUGUACAGAGACAGAGAGAGACAGGGUGGGCUAGUUAGUAUACGCACAUAUGGCUUGCUCUUAUUGUUCA